CUUCAUGGACCGAACCCCGCGGAGGUCCGCUGCUCUCUAACGACCCGAACUGGACCCGAACCCGAACCGAACCCGGAGCAGUUCCUUCUGCGCCUGCGCCAUGCCGUCCGGCUCCAGAGGCAGAACCGGAUUCUCAGUGCGGGAUCUUCUGGACCUUCCGAACCCCGCAGGAGGAUCCGGGUCCGGAACCGAGGAGGAGAGCUCCAGGGAGGAACCGGACCCAGAACCAGAACCGAAGUGUUGGAGCAGUUGGAGCCGAGCAGCAGAGUCCGGAACCGGCCGACCCGGUGAGCAUCCCGACGCUAUGGCCCGGCUCGGUUCGGCCCAGAAGAACCGGAAGAGGCGGGUUCUGUUCUCCAAGGCGCAGACCUCGGAGCUGGAGCGCCGCUUCCGACAGCAGCGGUACCUGUCGGUUCCGGAGCGGGAGCACCUGGCUGGCCGGAUCCAGCUCACCCCGAACCAGGUCAAGAUCUGGUUCCAGAACCACCGAUACAAGAUGAAGCGCGCGCGCGCGGAGCGCGGACACGAGGCGUUGCCGCUGCUUCCGGCGCGCCGCGUAGCGAUCCCGCUGCUGGUUCGGGACGGGAAACCGUCCGAACCGCUGGAGGUUCGGUCCGGGUUCGCCCUGCCGCUGUGCGCCUUCUCCCCGCUGCUGCGCGCCGCCUGCGGGCCGAACCGGACCGGACCGGCGCCGCUUCUCUACCCCUGGAGCUGGACCUGAGCCGAACCGGCCCGAACUUACUGCUCUGAC